GUUUCUGAUUCUUUUCCGAAUGUUGUGUUUGCCGAGAGGUGGUGGCAGAGAAAGAUUCUGCUGAAAUGGCUGGUAUGUUGAACGUUUCUUCGCGGAAUCUACCAAAGACCGUCUUAAAAAUAACUCUCAAAAUUCUUGACGGCGAAGUUUCACAGGUAACAUUGAAAAAGAGGACGUUUCACCAAGGGAGAAGAUUGCAGCCAUGGAUUCGACAUGUUUCAAGUUAUACAUGCACAAGUCACAAGCAGGCAUUAAGACUUAAUCAUCAGGGCCACCAAAGGCAGUGGAUUACAGCAAGGCAAUUCCAGUCAACAUCUGUGUUGUGCGAGUCCAAGGAUGUUUUAGUCCCCGCUUUUGCAGAUUCCGUGUCUGAAGGAGACGUGAGGUGGGAGAAAGCUGUGGGUGAUCAAGUUGCUGUGGAUGAAGUGGUUUGUGAAAUCGAAACUGAUAAGACAGCAGUGCCUGUACCUGCCCCUGACAAUGGCGUCAUUGAAGAGCGCUACGUGGAGGAUGGCGCAACUGUCAAGGCUGGUCAGAAAUUGUUCAAACUUAAACUUGGUGGUGCCCCGGCGGAGAAGCCGAAGGAAUCCACCGCCUCCGCGCCUCCCCCUCCCGGCCCGAGCGCGGCUGCCCCCCCGCCACCGCCUUCCCCAGGCUCUCCGCCGCCGCCGCCGCCGCCGCCUCCCCCCCCACCACCGUCGGCGCCCCGGGCCACCAUCCCCGUGGCGGCGAUCAGGCACGCGCAGGCCAUCGAGUCGGCGACCGUGAAGCUGCCGCCCCAGGACCCCACCAAGGAGAUCUCCGGCACGCGCACGUCGCACCGCGCCAAGAUGCCGCGCAUCCGGCAGCGAAUUGCCGAGCGGCUCAAGGAGGCGCAGAACACCAACGCGAUGCUCACCACCUACAACGAGCUCGACAUGACGAACGUUAUAGAAUUUAGGAAAACCCAUUUGGAGGCAUUCCAGAAGAAGUAUGGCAUUAAGCUAGGUUUUAUGUCUCCUUUCAUGAAAGCUUCUGCAUAUGCUCUACAAGACCAGCCUGUAGUAAAUGCUGUCAUAGAGGGCAACGAGAUAGUGUACCGAGACUACGUGGACAUAUCAGUGGCUGUGGCAACUCCUAAGGGUCUUGUGGUGCCGGUGGUCCACAACGUGGAGUCCAUGAGCUACGCAGACAUCGAGCUGAAGCUGGCGGAGCUCGGCGAGAAGGCGAAGCACAACAAGCUGGCGGUAGAGGACACUGAUGGCGGCACCUUCACCGUCAGCAAUGGUGGAGUGUUCGGCUCACUCAUGAGCAUGCCCAUCAUCAACCCCCCGCAGUCGGCCAUUCUCGGCAUGCAUGGGGUCUUCGAACGCCCAGUGGCCCGCAAUGGACAGGUGGUGAUCAGGCCUAUGAUGUAUGUAGCGCUGACGUACGACCACAGGCUCAUCGACGGCCGUGAAGCCGUGUACUUCCUGCGGAAGAUCAAAGCAGCCGUUGAAGAUCCUCGCAUCAUCCUGGCGGGACUGUAAACACACGAGUAAAGACAUAGUGGCUGAGUGUUCAUUUUCUUGCACGAAGGUUCGACACAACACGACCCUCCUACUUCCCAAACUCUUAGGUCGACUUGCUGGGAGUAUCUUUGUGAAUAUACUCAUGGUGCUUUGUGUAGAAGAACACAUCUAGUGAUUUUUUUUGGUGUUUUUCGAAGGAAUUAAUUUAUUUUGUGAGAUAAGCAUUUUGUUUUUACCUUGAUUUUUUUUUCUGGUUCAAGUACUUUUGUAAAAUACAGGCUGUUUAAAUGUAUUGCAUGUUGUAACACUUAAAACACGCUUUGAUUGUACUGAAUGUCAGUAUGUACAAAUGCAGCAGACAGUUGUGGCAAUCCGUGACAAUGUUCUCAAAGCUUUAAUAAUGAUGAGUUCUUGUUGUAUUUUAUUGUAUAAAUAAAUAUUGUCUGUUAAAUACAUUUCUGCAUGUAGACAUGGUAGCAAUUUCUUGCAGGGGUUUGGGGUAGCAUACCUUAACCUGCAGUUUUGGCUCUUGUUCCAGUACAUGUACAGUACUGCUUUUGCAGUGGCAGUGUGCAUUGUAUAUAUUUAUGUAAUAAAGUUAUUAAGACCCAA